CGAAGCCGACGAUGCCACAACACUCAUCAACCCCAACCCCAUGAUCAUCCGAUCUCCCAAUCCCUCUCACCGGCCGAUAUGGAGUUCCUUCCCGCCCUCCAGCAUGGCAUAGACGACCUCAAGCCCUCGCUCUUCGAACUCCUUUCCGAGCAACAGCUCGCAUCGCUCCUGCCCCCGUCGCUGCGCUACCUCCUCGCCAUCACAACACCCCGAUAUCCACGCUACCUGCUUCCCAUACUCAAUUCAUUCGAUGAAGUUUACGCGCUGCUGAUGCUGCUCGUGGAGCGCCAUUUCCUUCGCACCUACGGCGGAUCGUUCACCGAGAACUUCUACGGGCUAAAGCGCGCCCGGGUGCUGAAAGUGCGAGGAGGUGAAAUACCUCGCGCACAAUUAGGCGCAUCGGACAGCGUACGAGAGGCUGUCAAGCUGGGUAGUGGUGAUAUAUGGAAGAACCUCGCCGUCUUGGUGGGCUUACCAUGGCUAAAGAGGAAGUUUGAUGAGGGCUACGAUGUCCAUGCCGCGCAUGCCAAUCUCCUGGGUCCUGGGUACAACCGUGACAGAGAAGGACUAAGAACAGGGGCAAGCGUGAAAGAGAGGCUAAUGCACUACUACAAGUGGUUUCUACGCAACAUAUACCCAAGUGUAAAUGCCGCCUAUUACUUCUCAUUGUUGGCAUUCAACAUGGCAUACCUUUUUGAUGGGACCAAGUAUCAUUCGCCGUUCAUGUGGUUAAUCGGCUCGCGUAUACGACGACUGGGAGAGGCGGAUCAUAGAGCGAUUGAGAUUGCUACGGCGCCGAGGAAGGUUGGUCCGGCGCGGCCUGGAGAAGGCGGAUCUAUCUUCUCGCCGAGGAACAUUGCGAGGAGCAUAGAGCCGCGCUUGCUGAGCUCGCUGAAGAUUCUUCUUCCAACCAGUAUCUUCGCGCUCAAGUUCCUGGAAUGGUGGCAUGCUUCAGACUUCGCCCGACAGCUGUCGAGAAAAGCCGCUGAGAACAUCGACCUACCGCCGCCAAUAUUACCUUCGUUACCGCCAUCCGCGAAGCAGCAACCUUCGAAGCAGGCAGAGUCUUCCGAGAAGGCACGUCCGACAUCGUCUUUGUCGGACCAACCUCAACGUAUCGACCCUCCGAUAUCCUCAACCACCCUCCUCCCAAUCCUCACUGUACCCAUACCACCCUCAUCAACGUUAUGUCCCAUCUGCGUAACACCCAUUAUUACACCCACGGCUUCGCCUACAGGAUAUGUCUAUUGCUACACUUGCAUACACAGAUGGGUUGGGGGUGAUCACGACCGCCAGGUCGCCUUCAUGGAGGGUGCUGCAGGAUUUCGAACGGGUGACGAUGGAGAAGCAGAAGAUGAGGGCUGGGGUAGGGAAGAAGGAAGCCGAGAGGGAAGAUGGGAGAGCGGGAAAGGAAGAGAUGCCAUCACUGGGAGGAGAAUACUCGGUGGCACUGAAGCAAUGGCCCCACCAACAAUACCAGCUGAACAUUCCGUCAAUGAUUUCGCAAACGACGUCGCGUCUCAAAUGGAGGGUUUCACUCAGUCACAGGGUAUAGCAGAAGAGGCAAUUGCACGAGAUCGCGAGGAAGACGAGUCUGCAUCAGAGGAUGAAGAUGAUUCUUCCUCGGGUUCGGACACAAUCCGGCAGCAAUAUUCCAUGAUAAAUUCUUAUCGCCGGCCUUCCUGGGUCAACCCAGGAUCACGAUCCACCGCGAUAAUAUCUUCCAGCGUACCCGAAAGGAGUCAUCUACCAACGUCAUGGAAGAAGCACAGUCAUCUGUCGAAGAAAGAGAGGGAGACCAUGCGGGACGAAGAGCGGAGUCUGCUCCGUGACAACCAUCUGAUUCCGCCCAAGCACCCAAGAGCUGGAAGCGAGGGACCAUUUGAUCGAGUGCGAUCUAGGAUGUCAAUUUCAGGACUGCGAAAAGUCAAGAGCACGCCAGACGAGGAAAGCGCAGUGGAAUCUCCCUCUGAGCGAACAGCGCUAUUGGGUGCAUCUGAAGGUGAUCCAAGCCAACCAUACGGGGGUUUGGACUCACCGAAGACGAUCAACAAGAAAUGGAAUGAGGCGGUUGCAGCAGGGAAGAUCAACACGAGCUGGCAGCGAGAAGCUAAAGUCUUGACCAAGAGCUCCGCACCGUUAAUCUUGACGUUCCUACUUCAAUACAGCUUGCCGGUAGCGAGUAUCUUCACCGUCGGGCAUAUUGGCAAAACUGAACUAGGAGCUGUGAGUCUGGCGAGUAUGACUGCGUCGAUAACGGGCUAUGCAGUAUACCAGGGUCUAGCAACUUCGCUCGAUACGCUCUGUGCACAAGCAUAUGGCUCGGGGCGUCCCCAUCUCGUUGGUUUGCAACUGCAACGCAUGUUGUACUUCCUUCUCUUGAUCACCAUUCCAAUAUCGCUCAUAUGGGCCUUUGGCACACAAAUCCUCUCGCUCAUCGUUCCAGAGAAGGAAACGGCACGCUUAGCAGGACUUUACUUGAAGGUUCUUAUCUUCGGAGCGCCCGGCUAUGCGGCCUUCGAAAGCGGAAAACGCUAUGUACAAGCGCAGGGUAUCUUCAGCGCAACUAUGUAUAUCCUCCUCAUUUGCGCGCCACUAAACGCUUUCCUCAACUGGUUCAUGGUGUGGCAUCUUGGCUGGGGAUUCAUCGGCGCACCCAUUGCUGUCUCCAUAACAGAGAACGUCCUUCCUCUGCUAUUGUUUCUCUACGUCAGAUUCAUCGACGGAUACCAAUGCUGGGGUGGUUUCGAUCGACGAGCGCUCAGGAACUGGAUGCCGAUGGUGAAGCUUGCGCUUCCCGGCUUGAUCAUGGUGCUUGCCGAGUUCCUGGCUUUUGAGAUUCUGACGUUGAGCUCAUCGUGGCUCGGCCCAACUGAACUUGCGGCGCAAUCUGUGCUUGGCUCGAUCACCGGCAUCACCUUCCAGAUACCGUUUCCAAUGAGCGUGGCAGCGUCCACGCGGAUCGCUAAUCUCAUUGGCGCUACUCUGGCAGUUCCAGCGAAGACAGCAGCCAAGGUGGCCGUCUUUGCCUCGGUUCUUGUCGGCAUCUUCAACCUACUACUCCUUUCGCUUCUUCGUGAGGCUAUUCCCCGUCUCUUCACACCUGACGAAGAAGUCAUAGACAUGGUCGCAAAGCUCCUACCGCUAUGCGCGACUUUCCAGGUCUUUGACGCGUUAGCCGCCAACUGUAACGGUAUCUUGCGUGGCUUGGGCAGGCAGGAGAUCGGAGGCUACGUUGGAUUGUUCGCCUACUAUAUCGUUGGUAUCCCGAUCAGCUUCGGCACCGGAUUUGGAUCACCACAUUGGGGUCUGUAUGGGCUUUGGAGUGGACCUGCGAUUGCUCUUGGCAUAGUGGCCGCCAUUGAAGGUGUAUUCAUAUGGCGAACAAGCUGGGAUAAAGCGGUCGAAGAUGCGAAGGUGCGGAAUGCUGCAAAUUAG